GUAUUCUCGCGAUACUCUUUUCUUUUGUGUUGAGAGGAGCGUGUCCAGUCAAGCUCCAGGUUUUAAACGUCGUGUGUGAAGCAGCCGAACCACCGGCCAAACCUGAACUGAACCUGUCCACAGCUGUGGACUCAUUCUACUUUACCUGUGCCUCUUGUUCAGACAUAAUAAAACUACCCAACCUGUUUCCAUGGCAGUUAGACGAGGACACAUCAGGUACCUGAAGGUGUGUGAGGUCCAGCCGACUCAGGGUGAAGUCAGAGACGCUCAGAUUUCCUCCAAAGGAGCAGCUGUGAAGGAGCUGUACGAUAACGGCUUCUCAGAGACUAUGAUGGAGGAGGACGACGACUCUCGGACCAACCUGAUCGUGAACUACCUGCCGCAGAGCAUGAGUCAGGACGAGCUGCGCAGCCUCUUCAGCAGCGUCGGAGAGGUGGAGUCGGCCAAACUGAUCCGCGACAAAGUGGCAGGCCACAGUUUAGGUUACGGCUUUGUUAACUUUGUUAACCAUAGUGAUGCAGAGAGGGCUAUCAGUACCCUCAAUGGCCUGAGGCUACAGUCUAAAACUAUCAAGGUCUCUUUUGCCCGCCCAAGUUCAGACACGAUCAAAGAUGCGAACCUUUACAUAAGCGGUCUUCCUAGAACACUGAGUCAGCAAGACCUGGAGGACAUGUUUUCCUCGUUUGGACGCAUCAUCAACUCCAGAGUGCUGGUGGACCAGGCCUCAGGUCUCUCUCGGGGUGUGGCCUUCAUUCGUUAUGAUAAGAGGUCGGAGGCCGAGGAUGCAGUUAAACACCUGAAUGGACACGUGCCGCCCGGCGGCUCUGAGCCAAUCACUGUGAAGUUUGCUGCUAACCCCAAUCAGGGCAGGAACUCCAUGGUGAUGUCACAGCCAUACCAAGGUCAAUCACGGCGCUUUGGGGGUCCAGUCCAUCAUCAAGCACAGAGGUUCAGGUUUUCUCCAAUGACUGCUGACCACAUGGGUACAGGGGGUGGAGCCUCUGGGAGCCCGUCCUCCGGUUGGUGCCUGUUCAUCUAUAACCUGGGCCAGGAUGCCGACGAGGGAAUGCUGUGGCAGAUGUUUGGGCCGUUCGGCGCCGUCGUCAACGUAAAAGUGAUCCGUGAUUUCAACACCAACAAGUGCAAGGGUUUCGGUUUUGUUACCAUGGCGAACUACGAGGAGGCCGCCAUGGCCAUCCACAGCCUGAAUGGGUACCAGCUGGGAGACAAAGUCCUGCAGGUGUCCUUCAAGACCAACAAGGGACACAAGUAACCAGUCUACUGCAUUGGGUGGACAGGGCUAAGGAUCACAUGUUGUAGUUUUCCUUUUAGUUUUUUUAUUAGCAUGCACAGCUUUUUAUUUUUGAGGUGAAACUCGAUCCGACACAAUUCUCUGAACUUUCCUACAUCUGUCCUCAAAUUGGACCUGCAGGACAUUUGGAUCUGAAGGGUAUUUGGUCCUACAGGCUGAUUGGACCUGAGAUGUAUCGCUCCUGCACACUGAUGGGCGACUGCUAGCCUGAAACCAGAAGUAUUCUGCAGAGAUGGUUGGAGUUUCAGCCCCCAGGGUUCUGUUUGUUUUUUUCUUCUUUUUUUAGAACGUGACAGUCCAUUUUUAUGUGAAAACGUUUCCACCCCGCAGAAUUGAGCAAUCGGUAAAUCAAUCAUUAAAUGUCAUCUGAUGUGUUCUAGUGGCUGAAGGUUAAUAAAACUGCAUCUGAGCUGAGAGAGAUUUGAGGAGAUUCCUUCAGGUCAGCUGUCAGUGGAAAAAAAAUUGUCUCUUUGUAGAAAAACGAGCAGAACAGGUGGAAGACAUGCAGUAAUUUUACUUUUGUUAACGUUUUAUUUUUCAUCCUCAGUGUGAUAUUGAUUUUAAUAAUAAAUCCGUUCAUGUAAAACA